AAUGUUGUUUUGUGCUGGUUUGCUCUCGCAGGAGUAAUCAUCUUGGGCUAUUCGAGCAGGCUCAUCAUCAUCAUCAUCACCUCGGCAGGUUGCCUCAAUCAUCAUCAUCAUCAAUAUAAACGGAGGAGACCAUAAACGGGAUACUGUAAUCAUGUUACCCCACCACCUGCUCUUUCUCCUCCUGACCAUCUUAACCACCGCCCAGGCUGUGCUCUCUCCACCCGGCUACAACGAUGACGACACCUCACCCCUGCCUCUACGCCUCGAGGAUCUGGAGCGUGAACAGGAGCAGCAUCAGCACUUGGACCUCAAUCGACCGCCUCUGCUGCCCAAUCACUACGAAUGGCGACCCGAUGUGGCGGCCAGUCUGCCGCCCAGCUAUCUGCAGGAUGCUGCCCAUAGGGAAAGGGAACGGGAAAGGGAGCUGCAGAGGCUGCAGCAACUGGAGGAGCUGCGUCAGCUGCAGCAACAGCAUCAGCAACUGAGCGCCGGCUAUGCAUUUCCCUCCCACCUGCCAGGUGUGCUCUAUGUCGGACCCACGGCAGCCACGCCCACUCCCACAACCCCAACCACCGCUGCCACACGUUUCCUAAAGCCCAUAGUGCCCUUUGACCUGGAACUGGGUCUCAAUGGUGUCCAAUAUGUGGCCAGUAAUGCUUUGCCCCUGCCCGUGCCCAGACCCCUGGCACCGCCCAAUGGCAGGCCGCCUUUUGUUUAUGGAUUCACCCAGGGACAGUCACCAGGACAGGCAUCUGGACAUUUACCAUCUAGACCCCCCAAGCUAGUGGCUGCUUCCUUUGUGCCACCACCUCAGUCCAAGCAGUUUGCCUAUGCCCCCCGUCAUUAUGCCAAUGGACCCAGGAUCCCUUUGCCCUAUCCACCCAGCUUUGUGAGCAUCACCACCACCAGGAGACCCCCACCUGGCGCCGGCUAUGGUUCCAAGCCCUUCCGACCCUCCCAGCCGGAUCCCACGCCGGAUCUGUUUGCGGGACGCAACUCCAAGUCGCUGCUGGACUCGUAUAUACCCAGCUGGGAGGUGCUGCGCCUGAUCCGAGAGCAGGGCUCCAGGCGAGCAGGAGGAGGAGUAGGAGGAGCAGAGUUCAAUCCUGUUCAACGUCAGACUUUGGCCUAUGCGGCGCCACAGCAUCUCAGGCUGUACAAAAGGGAUUCCACGAGGAGAAUUGUCAAGAAAUCCCUGCAGGGGAAAUCAAAGGAGUAAAUGGAUUUCAAGGGGUUUUUAGUUUAAAAAUUUUAUAAUUAUUAUUUUUUUAACAACUAAAAUAAUAUAUUAAAAA